AGUCCCACCCAUUAAGGUUUGACAUACCACUUCACCCCAGCAGACAUUCGCACACCAGGAAGAGAAGAGAAGCGGACACAUACAAUGAGCUACCCAGGAUACCCCCCUCCGGCUGGCACAUACCCACCACAGCCUGGGUUUUACCCUCCCCAAGCAGGAGGCUAUCCUCCCCAAGCAGGAGGCUACCCUUCCCAAGCAGGAGGCUACCCUCCCCAAGCAGGAGGCUAUCCUCCCCAAGCAGGAGGCUAUCCUCCCCAAGCAGGAGGCUACCCUCCGCAGCCCGGUGCCUUCCCUCCGCAGCCUGGUUCCUAUCCUCCUCAGGCUGGAGCCUACCCACCACCAUUACCCACAGGCACGUGGGGAGGCGGCCCCUCUGGUGGAUAUCCCUCCACUGCUCCUGGCAGCUAUCCUAACCCUGGAUACAAUGCAGGCAUGGCCUACCAGAUCUCUGCUGGAAUGGGGGCGUUUACUCCAAACUCAUCCAUUCUCCCCCAAGCAUCUGGAGGGUACCCACCUGCACUGGGAGGGUACCCAUCUGCCCCCCAUGUGGGUGAUAGCGGUGCCCUCUAUCCUAACCUACAGUCAUGUGGCCUGUACCCACAGCCAGGAGGCACCAUGCCCCAACAACAGUAUCCUGGGAUGGGCUAUCCCGGUCAGCCUGGACAGACGAUGCCCGGAUACCCCCAAGCACCGUCACCCAACCCACCCAUGCCUGGCUUUGGAGGAGCCCCAUCACCAAAUCCAUCAAUGCCAGCCUAUGGAGGAGGAGCCAUGCCGGUUGCUCCAUCCAGCAAACACGUAUUCAGGGGAACAAUCAAAGACUUCCCAGGAGCUGAUCCGCUGAAAGAUGUGGAGGUUCUUAGGAAAGCUAUGAAGGGCUUUGGAACUGACGAGCAGGCCAUAAUCGACCUACUGGGCAGUCGCUCCAAUAAGCAGCGGGUACCUUUACUCAAAGCCUACAAGACGUCCUACGGGAAGGACCUGAUUAAAGAUCUGCAUUCUGAGCUUUCUGGAGACUUCAGGAACCUGGUCAUGGCCAUGCUGAAAAGCCCGUCUGAGUUUGACGCCUCUGAACUCCACAGUGCCAUGAAGGGAGCUGGAACUGACGAAGCCUGCAUGAUAGAGAUCUUGUCCUCGCGCUCCAAUGCUGAAAUCAAAGAGAUAAACCGAAUUUACAAAGAAAGCUAUAAAAAAUCCCUGGAAGAUGCCAUUAAAAGCGAUACCUCAGGCCACUUCCGUCGUCUCCUGAUCUCUCUGGCUCAGGGCAGUCGAGAUGAAAGAGAGAAUAUUGAUGUCAGUCUGGCUCAACAAGACGCUCAGGCAUUGUAUGCUGCUGGAGAAAAUAAACUGGGAACAGAUGAGUCCAAAUUUAAUGCCAUUUUGUGUGCAAGAAGCAAACCACAUCUCCGAACAGUGUUUUAUGAAUACCAGAAGAUGUGCGGCAGAGAUAUCGAGAAAAGCAUCAGCAGAGAGAUGUCUGGAGACCUCGAGAGCGGCAUGUUGGCAGUGGUGAAGUGCAUUAAAAAUACACCAGGCUACUUCGCAGAGAGACUUUACAAAUCCAUGAAGGGAGCUGGAACUAAAGACAGAACACUGAUCCGGAUUAUGGUCUCCCGUUCGGAAGUUGACAUGCUGGAUAUCCGUCAGGAAUACGUUAAGAACUACGGAAAAUCGUUGUACACACACAUCCAUGGAGACACAUCAGGAGACUACAGGAAGCUGCUGAUUAAGCUCUGCGGUGGCAAUGACUGAAGAGGAGACAUAGCCUGCAGUAGACCAGGAGCAGUCAGGUGCAUUUGCAGCUUUAAGAUGUUUCUAUGAAUAUCAUGUUCCUGCCUCCUCUGUAUGAAUUAUAUCCAAAAUGACAUACCUGCUCGCCAUGCCAAUGCUUCUAAAUGCUACAUUUACACAGCAGUAUCUGUAACAAUUUAUUUUUCCAUGUAGACUUUUUGUUCCAAAUAGUGUGUUUAUUACUAUGACAUAUAUGUUUUGAAAUCUGAAAUCGAAACUUUUGCUGUAUAUUUUUAAGGAUUUUUAUUACAAGUGUGCCAUCAUGAUUGCAUGUCAAAAGAAAUUGUAAACAUAAAUCAUCUUGCUUUUUGAUUUCAAGAAAUGCUGAAGUACCAAAGUAGAGGCUCAUGUUGGAAAAUGUAUAAUCUAAUAUAUGAUUUGUCUGGAUUAUGGUCUCCCAGUUACACAUUAUUGUUUACUAUAUUUGUGUUGUGUUUGCAACUGAUUUUUCAGGGUUUUUUUUUUUGCCAGUGUGCCUGUUGGUGUUUGUUGUAAAACUAGGCAUGCCAAGUAAUAAAUUACAGAUACA